AUGUUUGGUAAGAAAUCGGUGAUUAUGGACGAUUAUGUCCAAAAUGAUAUAAAUGACUGUGUAGCUAAUGAAAAUUAUUACGACAACGUAGCAAUCAGAGAUAUAGGUUAUGAGAGAAACUUAAUGGACCAUAAAAUGAAGGCGGAAGCAAACACAUUGAAGUUAAACAGGGAUUUGGAAGAAACACCACCAUAUCUUAAACUAAACGGUUUAGAGAUGUACAACGGAAGAAGAAGCGGAAUCUACGAAAGGAAUCGUAAGAAUAAGUUUGAUGAUGAGACAUUCAUGGAUAUACUUAAUAAAAACGGAAUCAAAUUUGAGUCCAAGCAAGAAUUGAUCAGAAUUCUAACCAAAAUAAGGUGCAAGUACUCAUGGUCACAAGGAUUCUCAUUACAACUAGGAUCAAAAGGAAGAAAAAUAAUGUUGCAACUUCUGAGAUUAGCCUACAGGUCAAAUAAAAAAAAUAAAAACAUAUUCCAAAACAAGAACCCACCCACAACGAUAAGCAACCUUCCAUUCUUCAAAAUAUCAAUGUUAUGGGAGCUGGCGAAUGAUAUGGGCGUGUUCGAACAUGCGAUAUUGAUUCACGAACUGUUUGGCAGCUUUAAGAAAAAGUUAAUCACCCCGGAAAAUACAAGCUUUUAUUUCCCAGACACUGGAGCCGAGAAGUAUAAAUAUAAAAAUAACAUUUACCGUAAGUUUGUAAAAAAUUUUAUUCCAUCCGUAGAAAGGAGACUGAACGAAAAUAUUGAACUGGAACCGAAACAUAACGAGCUUAACAACGCAGCGUACGGUAUGCCGCAGAGCGGUGAAUUUGUGAAGAUGAGGGAACAGAUAUCCCAGGAAAACUCGAUGAACUUGCGGAACUCGAUCAUAAACGACGUAGUGUUGUCACAAGACCACCUCACAAUGAACCCACCAUAUUCUCCCCAAGCUGUAGGGCUGAUGCAUCAAAACAAGCACCAAUACUCGCUGACCCCUCCAGAUGAAGCAAACAACCUGUUCAACAUGAAGGGUAAGUACAAGGAGAAAUGUUAUAAAAAUGUAGCAUUCGAUGCAUACAAUCAAGGGGUGCCAGCAGCCAAUGCAGCCAUCAGCGCCGGCCCGAGGUCAUUCUUAUCAAACGAAUUAAACCCGCACAUGAACUUCACUCCAACGCAUCAGAAUUUCAUUUUCAAACAGAAUAAGUUCCGCGGGUCGCCCAGCUCAGUGUCGACCUGCGUGUCGUCAUAUGUGGAGGAGGCCAUGAACGACCACAAGCUGCUCCACGCAGCCACAGCAUACGACUUAUGCAGUCCCCUCAACGGCUCAUUCUCCGAUUUAUCAGACGUAAACGGCUACAUGACGAUGGACAAUGAAUUGACCAACUACGACAGCAUAUUCCUGGACAACAUGGUAAACGUCGAUCAGAUGGAAUCAGAGACUCUGGAAUCCUUUUCCUCAUAUUUGAAUGCCGAAUAA